ACCAGCCAACUAGACCCCAUGAGUUUUGAAACAUUCUCCCCGCCCAACAUUUACUCAAAACCUGCCCCUUUAAGAGUGAAGCAGCCCCUUUAAGAAUGGGGACAUUCUCUCCCGCUUGGCGGUCUGUUCUCUAUGCUCUGCGCAGCGUCCUAGCUGGCUCUCCCCUCUCUGUGAGCGGUGGUUGGUAUUGCCCGCAGGAGCCCUGCGCGCAGCCCACCGGACGGUUCCAUCUCACGCCUGCCCCUCGCCCGCUUUGGGGGCAUCUUGGUGCAGCCCGCCCGGCCCCCGUGGCCCUCCGCAGAUCCAGUCGGUUCAGAGUCUGGACCCUGAUUUCUUGCCUUUGCCCCCCCCACAGCUGAGUCGCCAUGCACGGCCGUCUGAAGGUGAAGACAACGGAGGAGCAGGCUGAGGCCAAGCGCCUGGAGCGGGAGAAGAAGCUACGUCAAUACGUAGCUGCCACGACCGCCAUCUUUGAGAAGAGGAAGAUGGGGCAGCUGGACAAAGAGGCGCUGGAGCUGACCAAUCAGAUCUUGGGGGUCAACCCCGACUUUGCCACCCUCUGGAACUUCCGCCGGGAGAUCAUCCUCCGCCUGGAGGGGGAGGGGUCCCCGGAGGAGAUGCAGUCACUAUGCCGCAGGGAGCUCUCGUUCCUGGAGACCUGCCUGCGGGUGAAUCCCAAGUCAUACGGGACGUGGCACCACCGCUGCUGGGUGAUGGGGCACGUCCCCCACCCCGACUGGGCCCGCGAGCUGGAGCUGUGCGCCAAGUUCCUGGAGAGUGACGAGCGCAACUUUCACUGCUGGGAUUACCGGCGCUUCGUGGUGCAGCGCCAGGUGCCGGCCACGGACGAGCUGCACUUCACCGACCACCUCAUCACCCGCAACUUCUCCAACUACUCGUCCUGGCACUACCGCAGCCGCCUACUGCCCCAGCUGCACCCUGACCCCCGGCAGCCGGGCCGCCCCACCGAGGCCGUGCUGCUCAAAGAGCUGGAGCUGGUGCAAUGCUUUCUUCACCGCCCCAAUGACCAGAGCGCCUGGUUCUACCAUCGCUGGCUGCUGGCAGAGCCGGAGCCGACUAUCCUGUGUGUUUACGUGAGCCGAGAGGACUCCUCGCUGGCGGUGGCUUUCUCCCAGCCCGUGGUGGUGACGCCAGGAUCCUGCGACCUGCUGCUCUUCGCAGACGAGGCCCCCCUGGCAGUGAAUUGGUGCACACCCAACAGGAGAAACCGCCCCGGCCUCAUGUGGCUGUGCGACCUGCCAGCCUCGGCCCUCAACGAGCACUGGCCCCAGCACACCUUCCGGGUGCAGUGGGCGGGCAGGGAGUCCCAGAAGGAGUGUGUCCUCUUCAAAGGCCGCAGCGACGGCUGGUGCCGGGACUCAGUCACCGAGGAGCAGGUGUUCAGGUGCGAGCUCUCUGUGGAGAAGUCGACCGUGCUGCAGUCGGAACUGGAGUCCUGUAAGGAGCUGCAGGCCCUGGAGCCGGAGAACAAGUGGUGUCUCCUCACCAUCAUCCUCCUCAUGCGGGCCCUGGACCCCUUGGUGUACGAACGCGAGACCCUCAGCUACUUCGACACCCUGAAGGCCGCCGACCCCAUGCGCUCGGCCUAUCUGGACGACCUGCGCAGCAGAUUCCUCGUGGAGAACAGCAUCCUGCGGAUGGAGUACGCUGAGGCCAGGGUGGUGGACCUGUCCGGCCGGGGUCUGACCGUCCUCUGCCACCUGGAGCAGCUGGUGCUCAUCACCCACCUGAACCUGGCGGGGAACCGGCUGCGCCACCUCCCUCCCACCCUGGCCAUGCUGCGCUGCCUCGAGGUGCUGGAGCUGGAGGGGAACCAGAUCGAGACCCUGGAGGGGCUGCCCCCCCUCCCCCGCCUGGAGGAGCUCUCGGCCUGCAGCAACCACAUCCAGCGACCUUCUGACCUCCGACCUUUGGCCUCCUUCCCCAGGCUCCGCCUCCUCGCCCUACAGGGGAACCCCCUGGGCGGCCUCCCCAACGCCCAAUCCCAGCUGGCUGCACUGCUGCCCCGGGUGGAGAUCACCCUCGCCUGAUUGGCUGGCAGGACUGGCCCCGCCCCCCCGCCCGGCCCAGCCCCGCCCACCCACCAGUUAUUUAUUGGACCUGGGAAAUAAACGGUUAAAAACGC